AUGGAGGCGGCCCGGGCAGGACACCUGUUCCAGCACUUAAUUGAAACACUGAGCGACAAUGCAGACAAAAAGUUCUACAACAUUGCUAAACUAGGAGGCACCAAAUAUGAUCUCCUGCCUUACACCAUACGGGUCAUGUUGGAAACGGCCGUCCGCAACUGCAAUGGUUUCCUAGUGAAAGAAGGAGACGUGAUGAAUAUCCUGGACUGGCAAGCCAAACAGAACAAUGUUGAAGUGCCCUUUUGUCCUGCCAGAGUCCUCCUCCAAGAUUUCACUGGAAUUCCUGCAAUGGUCGACUUUGCUGCCAUGAGGGAAGCGGUGAAGAACCUUGGAGGAGAUCCCACCCGAGUCCAUCCUGUCUGCCCAACAGAUCUUACGGUGGACCAUUCUUUGCAGAUUGACUUCAGCAAAUGUGCAAUACAGAACGCUCCGAAUCCUGGAGGCGGUGAUCCCCCACGGCCUCCUUCCUCAAAACUCUCCCCGCUUAAAGCUCCUCGGAAGCUCCCCUGCCGAGAUCAGUCCAGCUGCAAAGGACCAUGUGAUGGACAGUCAAAACGGAACCCGGGCCAGUUUUCUGUGCAGAUCGAGAACACCCCCCUCUUGUGUCCUUUUCAUCUUCAACCAGUGCCUGAGCCUGAAACAGUAUUUAAGAAUCAAGAGAUGGAAUUUGGAAGAAAUAAAGAGAGACUCCAAUUUUUUAAGUGGGGUUCCAAAGUUUUCAGAAAUGUCUCAGUAAUUCCUCCCGGGACGGGGAUGGCCCAUCAGAUGAAUCUGGAACACCUGUCAAGAGUAGUAUUUGAUGUCAAAGACUUCCUUUAUCCUGACAGUGUUAUUGGCACAGAUUCUCAUACAACCAUGGUGAACGGCUUGGGAAUCCUGGGAUGGGGGAUGGGUGGAAUUGAAACAGAAGCGGUCAUGCUGGGUCUCCCCGUCACCCUCACUUUGCCCCAGGUGGUUGGGUGUGAACUGACUGGGUCGGCCAGCUCACUUGCUACAUCCAUCGACGUAGUCCUGAGCAUUACGAAGCAACUAAGACAAGCAGGGGUGUCUGGAAAAUUUGUGGAAUUCUUUGGCCCCGGCGUUUCCCAGCUCUCUGUUGGGGACCGAACUACCAUCGCAAACAUGUGCCCUGAAUAUGGUGCAAUUCUGAGCUUUUUCCCUGUAGAUGAUGUAACAUUAAAGCACUUAAAGCAUACAGGCUUUGACGACACCAAACUCAAGUCCAUGGAGACGUAUCUUAAAACUGUGAAACUGUUUAGGAAUUACCAGUAUUCUGCUAAGGAACCUGAAUAUUCCCAGAUAAUACAUAUCAACCUGGCUUCUAUAACGCCGUAUGUAAGUGGUCCCAAAAGGGCCCAGGAUAGAGUGGCUGUAACGAACAUGAAGAGCGACUUUCAAGCAUGCUUACGUGAAAAGGUUGGCUUCAGAGGCUUUCAGAUCCCCGCCGAAAAGCAGGGCAGGGUCAUUCCUGUUGAAUAUGAAGGAAAUGAAUACACGUUGGCUCACGGAUCGGUCGUCAUCGCUGCCGUCAUUAGCUGCACCAACAACUGCAAUCCCUCCGCGAUGUUAGGAGCAGGUUUAUUGGCUAAAAGAGCCACUGAAGCUGGUCUGGCUGUUAAACCUUACAUACGAACCAGCCUGUCGCCAGGGAGUGGAAUGGUCACCCAUUAUCUCAGUUCCAGCGGUGUAUUACCAUACCUCAAUAAACUUGGGUUUGAGGUCAUUGGCUAUGGCUGUUCCACCUGUGUGGGGAACACUGCCCCUUUGCCAGAAGCCAUUCAGAAUGCGAUUGUACAGGGUGACUUGGUGGCGUGUGGCGUUGUGUCUGGAAGCAAAAACUUUGAAGGCCGCCUUUGCACCUGUAUCCGCGCCAAUUACCUGGCUUCUCCAUCCCUGGUUGUUGCUUACGCGAUCGCGGGAACUGUGAAUAUUGAUUUCCAGACUGAGCCACUGGGGGUGAAUCCUGAGGGCAGAAAUAUCUUCCUGCGUGAUAUUUGGCCUUCUCGGGACGAGCUUCAGCAGAUAGAAGAGGAGUUUGUAAUAGCGUCCAUGUUUAAAGAGCUGAAAAUAAAAUUGGAGAAAGGAAAUAAGCGUUGGAACUCCCUGGAAGCCCCUGAGUCCACUUUAUUUACCUGGGAUUCAAAGUCUACCUAUAUCCGAUGCCCUUCCUUUUUUGAUAAGCUGGCCAAAGAGCCGCCUCCUCUCCAGGCCGUUGAAAAUGCUCACGUCUUGUUGCACUUGGGUGACGCGGUCACCACCGAUCACAUCUCCCCCGCUGGAAGCAUUGCCAGGGGGAGCGCCGCCGCGAGAUACUUGAUGACUAAAGGACUCACACCUCGCGAAUUCAACUCGUAUGGUGCUCGUCGGGGGAACGACUCUGUGAUGACAAGAGGCACCUUUGCCAACAUCAAGCUUUUAAAUAAAUUCAUCGGCAAGCCGGCUCCUAAAACAAUCCACUUCCCAACAGGACAGACGCUGGAUGUGUUUGACGCCGCUGAGUUAUAUCGGAAAGAAAACAUCCCUCUGAUUAUCUUAGCCGGCAAGAAAUACGGAUUGGGCAGCUCAAGAGACUGGGCCGCCAAAGGACCUUUUUUACUGGGAGUGAAAGCCGUGAUUGCAGAAAGCUACGAGAAGAUGCACAAAGGCCACUUGAUUGGCAUGGGCAUCGCCCCCCUUCAGUUCCUCCCGGGGGAGAGCACACAGUCUUUGGGCCUGACUGGCAAAGAGCAGUUUUCUAUCUUCUUCCCUCAAGAGGUGUCACCUGGAAUCGCCCUCUGUGUAAAGACGAGUACUGGCAAAGCAUUCCAGGUGGCUGCCUCGUUUGACAGUGAUGUGGAAAUCACCUUGUACAAACACGGUGGCGUGCUGAACUAUAUGGUCCGAAGGCUGUUGUAAAGCUGUUGUAAAGCCCUGUUCCCACCUCGGAGGACUGCCAAUUCAGCCAGCCUCUUGAGGCCUCGGCCCGAGCCUUCCUCUCCCACUGGAACUGCUGACAAGCCCCAUUGUGCUCAGAUAACUUUGUUCAUGGAUGUAAAAGAUUGUGAAAUUGUUGUAGUGGCCGCAGCGAGGUCCUCCCGGAUUUUAAAAUACUCCGAAUGGUGCUAUUGACGUUGUUAGACGUUGACGUGUGUGUGUUGUGAAAAGAGAACUGUAAGUAUGGAGGGGAGGAG